GUUCACCCACUUCCUGGCCUGGAGCUGGGCGGGCUGAGCUCUGGAUCUCUGUUGCCACAGUGACUCCAGCUUUCAGUCAUUGCGGGCGGCUCCUGUCAGGACUCUCGUUCCCUCCCCGUUUUCCACACCUUCUCCCUCCUCCAAGUGACGCAUCGGAGUGAGAUCGGUUCAGUUUCCAUGAGGAGGGGGGGGUGGGGGGUGGGAGAUCAACGAUCAGCGCAGACAGACAGAGAGAGACAACAACAUCGCCACUGACACCGAGAGCUGGGACUUCCCAUCGCUGUGCACUCGUACUUCUCACAGCUAUCAGUAGCUGACAUGGUGCAUGCGCAGGACAGCAUGAACAUAGGCGAAUGUGCAGAAUGGUGUGGAGAUUUCGGUGUGCACAUCGGCGACUGCGCAGAACGGCAUAGAGAUUUGGCACGCACAGCGGCACAUGCGCAGAACAAACAGCGCGAACUGAUCCACACUGGAAUCAUGCUAUUGCCAACAGGGAUCCUAGAAGCGAUGGAGGAACUCCAAGAUGUUCAACUGACUGAGAUUAAGCCUCUCCUAACAGAUGGGAACUCCGCGAGGAACUUCCAGGAUUUUGACUGUCAGGAACACGACGUUGAAACUGCGCACGGUGUACUGCAUGUGACCAUGCGAGGUACUCCAAAGGGGAACAGACCUGUCAUCUUGACUUAUCACGACAUAGGCCUCAACCACAAAUCUUGCUUCAACACGUUGUUUAACUAUGAAGACAUGCAGGAAAUCACGCACCACUUUGCCGUGUGCCACGUGGAUGCCCCUGGACACCAAGAAGCAGCUCCCCCAUUCCCAGCAGGGUACCAGUACCCAACCAUGGAUGAGCUGGCUGAGAUGCUGCCCACAGUUUUAACCCAUUUGAAUAUACAGAACGUGAUUGGAAUUGGAGUUGGGGCUGGUGCUUACAUCCUGACCAAAUUUGCGCUGAAUCACCAAAAUCUUGUUGAGGGACUGGUGCUUAUCAACAUUGACCCAUGCGCUAAGGGCUGGAUGGACUGGGCUGCGUCAAAGCUUUCUGGAUGGACUACCAACCUGGAUGAUAUUGUACUGGCUCAUCACUUCAGUAGCGAGGAGCUGGACACAAACUUGGAAUUGAUCCAGACCUAUCGACUGCACAUUUCCCAGGACAUCAAUCAGGAGAACCUUCAUCUCUUUGUCAACUCAUACAACAGUCGUCGAGACCUGGAGAUUGAACGACCCGUUCUUGGUGUCAAUGAAACAACCGUUAAAACUCUGCAGUGCCCUGCUUUGCUGGUUGUCGGUGAUAACUCUCCUGCAGUGGAGGCAGUGGUGGAGUGCAAUUCCAGACUAAAUCCAACCAACACAACACUGCUGAAGAUGGCAGAUUGUGGAGGACUUCCACAGGUUGUUCAACCUGGAAAGCUGACCGAAGCCUUCAAGUACUUUGUGCAGGGAAUGGGUUACAGGAAACAGCCCUGGGGUUUCCUUUCGAGUGGAAAAAGAAAAGACCCAGUAUCAAUUGAAUAGAAACUCUCAGAAAUUUGAGUUUGUAAUAAUCUCCCAGUUGACUGUUAGCCCUUUGAUCAUCUCAUAACUUCAAAGCUUUCCAAUUCAGACCUAAAAUCUGAUUGAUAAUUGCUCCCGGUUCAACUCUCAGUCCAGGAUUUGAAGCACAUUUUCCAAUGCUUGUAUUUGUUCUGAUUUAGGAUCAUAGAUUCAUAGAGAGGUACAACAUGGAAACAGACCCUUCAGUCCAACUUGUCUGUGGGGUGAAUUGGGACCUUAAUAACAUGCCAUUUUAUUCUGUGCACUUUGCAAAAUCUCACCUGUGAAAAUACAUGAUAGCCAGACCGAAAAACAGAUUUCCUUUUAUUCAUUGGAAUGUGGGCUUUAUUGACAAGGCCAGUCAGUAUUUGUUAUCAGUUCCUCAAAUGUGUGAGUGAGUGGCUUGCUGGGCCAUUUCAGACAAUUGUUAAAACCCAACAACGUUGGGUCUGGAGUCACACGUAGGCCAGGCAAGGUAAAGAUGGCAGAUUUCCUUCCUUGAAGGACAUUAGUGAGCCAGAUGGAGUUUACAGCCAUCAGUGACAGAUUGGUCUUGGUCACCAUCACCGAGAUUAACUUUCAAUUCCAGAUUUCAUUCAUUGAAUUCAUGUUUCACCAGCUUCCUUGUUGGGAGUUGAGCCCAUGUACUGAAAUAAUUAACUGGGUCUCCUGGAUUACUGGUUCAGUGACAUUGCCGCAAUCUCCCCACUGUUCAUUCUUUUGUUUCCGAUUUUGUGAGAUAAAACCAUUCAUUUUUAGGAGGAGGCCAAUCGGCCCAGCCAGUCUUUGCCAGCCCUUUUUGAAAGUCCAAUCCCUGUAAAUUAUUCUGUUUCAAAUAUAAAUCCAAUUCCAAUUAUCCCCUCUGGAUAAGGAGUUUGUUGAAUCUGAUAUAAAUUUGGUAUCUGCCUUGCUUGUAGUUAAGACCCUUUGAGUUUGUAUUUUACCUGGGCAGUUCUCGAAUUUAAUAAGCUCACUUGGCAAUGAGCUGUUCUUGCCUCCUCUGACUAUUCAUCAAUAUUUCAACAAAGAGCGCACAGUUCUUUUGAAAUUAGCCCACUAUAUAGGGAAAUGUUCACUUGCAUUGCAGUGAGAUGUAUAGCCACAAAUCUCCUGGGACUUACACCCAGACCAACUGAGCUUUGAAAAUGCGUGAGGUCCAGGAAAGGAUGUUUUGACCAGCUUCUGGUCGCUACCUUCCGCACCCUGCUGGAAAUAGGAUGUAUAGACACUGGGUUUGGCUGUGAUCCCUCUCAUUGCUGAAUAGCUUCGCAGGCACUCACUGGUAAAGAAAAUGUAUUGGAGAGGCAGCUGCAGUCAGUAACGCUACGUAGUCCAGAAAGGAGCCCAAACAUAUAAAAGUGCAAUAAAUUGUGAAGGAGGUGUUUAAUGCAAAAUACCAUAAAAUGGCUUUCUGACUGAUGGGAUAAAAGUGCCACCCUUUCGAUGUCCAGUUUCUCUAACAUGAUCAAAUUUGAAGCAUGAAUAAUUUAAAUCUCCUUCCUAAGAUUGGUUCAUUUGGUAAUUUCCCUCGUUAAGGUUUAAAUUCAGGCCUGUAAUUAAUCCAGAGAAGUGGAAUACUAUGCUGGAGGCUUUUAAUACUGGAGACCGACUUCCCACUGGAAACCCUAAGGCUCUUCCCCCUUUUUGACAUGGUAUGUUCCUCACGUCAGCCUCGGCAACAGGAAUAGACACAGCACCCAAAGGCUGAACCGAGUGUGAUGCUUGCCAUUGAUGGUCUGACUGAGACUGCAGUUUGCUGCAUGGGACAGAGAGUACACAUGUAGCUUUGUUCUUAUUCUGCCUGAUUAAACUCGCACACGCACCCUCCAACCCCAGGCUCUUUCACUGCCUGACCAGCAAAGGAUCAGAGAACUUUAGGCAAAGUGCAAACUGCAGCACCGAGAGGUAUUUCCAAUUCAUUACGUCUGUCUGUUGUGUAACUUCUGAGAAGCAUUUAAUGUAAAGACUUUGUGGAAGGGAUGAGGAGGUUUAGUUAAAAAAUGCAUACAUUUCACCCGCAAUGACACGCUCCAUUCCUAACAUCUUCCCCCAGUACCCCCCUCAGCAUACAACAUGCACAGUCUAUAUUCACCAAGGCCUCUGUAUAAGACCACACUACAAACUGGGAAUGAAAAUAUGUAAUAUUUACUUUAAUCUUAAAAAUAUCAAUUAAAUGACCCCUUAAUGUCCUAUAAUACGUUAGUAUACAGAGGAACCUCGAUUAUCCGGCAUUCGAAUAUCAGAUUAUCCGGCAAGAUCGCGAGGUCCCGAUGCUCGGCUAAACUGCUAUCCGGCAUUCCAUUAUCCAGAAUCUGAUUGACCAAACUAAAUAAUCACCACCUGUGUCCUUCGGAUAAUCAAGGUUUCUCUGUAAAUGAACAAUAUUCAACAGUACCGAGGAAUUCAAACCUCCUCCUCUCAGUGGGGUAAAAACAAUGACUGCAGAUGCUGGAAACCAGAUUCUGGAUUAGUGGUGCUGGAAGAGC